AUGAGUCGAGGUGGGUAUCAACAGAUCAACAAGGCACUCAACGCGUGUGCAUUUGAAGACUAUCUCUGCACGCAGCUGCAACGCCUGCCGCAGUUGGAGGAUAUCGAGCAGAUCAGCCCGCGGGUCCUCCGAGUGCUUGGUCAGAACGCCGGGAAGUUUACCCUGCAGGGAACAAAUACAUACAUCGUUGGCACAGGACCCUCACGGCUCAUUAUCGACACGGGGCAAGGCAUCCCUGAAUGGGCAGACCUGAUCUCGUCGACACUCACCGGGGCAUCAAUCUCGCUCUCCCAGGUGCUCCUGACCCAUUGGCACGGAGACCACACUGGCGGUGUCCCUGAUCUGCUCCGCCUGUAUCCAUCGCUCUCCACCGCGAUCUACAAGAACUCGCCUUCCAAGGAUCAGCAGCCCAUAGUGGACGGGCAAGUAUUUUCCGUCGAGGGCGCAACUCUCCGCGCCGUCCACAGCCCCGGUCAUUCUCAUGAUCAUAUGUGCUUUAUUCUGGAGGAGGAAAACGCCAUGUUUACUGGAGACAAUAUCCUAGGCCACGGCACCAGCGCUGUCGAAGAGCUUGGGGUUUAUAUCUCAACACUACAGGCGAUGCAGUCACAGAAUUGCACUACUGGAUAUCCUGCUCAUGGCGCAGUCAUCCCAAAUCUCCCUGAGAAAAUCGCUGCUGAGCUAGCGCAGAAGGCGAGACGGGAGCGACAGGUCUUGCAGAUCCUGGCAAACCUUCAAAAAGAACAAGGCGCGAGAAAGAAAGGAAAAUCUGCCAGCGUUACGGUGCAGCAGCUGGUAGGUUUGAUGCAUGGGAGUGGGCUGGAUGAGGAUGUGAGAACCCUCGCCCUGGAGCCGUUCAUCGAUGAAGUGCUACAAAAAUUGGCCGAAGAUGGCCGGGUUGGGUUCGAGAUGAGGUCCGGGGAGAAGAGGUGGUUUGGUGUUGGAGAUUUGGCAUGA